AUGACUGACAACAACCAAGGCUGUAAAAUUACCCUUUACUGGCUCGAGCAAUCUCGAAGCCACCGUAUUCUCUGGCUUUUGGAAGAGUUGGAGCUCAAAUAUGAGCUUAAAACGUUCAAGCGAGGCGCUGACAAGCUCGCGCCCGCUGCGCUGAAGGAGGUCCACCCACUGGGCAAAUCGCCCGUGAUUACCAUUGAAGCGCCCGGGGCCGCGAAGCCGCUCGUGCUGGCAGAAUCGGGUGCGAUCGUGGAGUACCUCGUCGACCACUUCAGCAGCGCACGCCCGUCCCUAGUACCACAACGGUACACCCCCGGCAGCGAGGGGAAAGUGGGCGGAGAAACCGAGGAAUGGAUGCGCUACCGCUACUUCAUGCACUACACCGAGGGUAGUCUCAUGCCUUACUUGGUGAUGACUCUGGUGAACGACUGUAAGUUGCUCAUGUCUACAGACGGGUAUAGGACGAAAUUGACAUCAACAGCUAUCCGUAAUGCGCCGCCAUUUUUUGUGCGACCUAUCACCACCAUUGUGGCCUCGCAGGUUGAGAACCAGUUCUUGACCCGUAACGUCGAGGGAAACCUUGCCUUCUUGGAGGAUCAGCUGCGUACUUCUCCCGGAGGAGGCGACUUCAUCUGUGGCAAGGAGUUGACGGCUGCCGAUGUUCUUCUUAGUUUCCCGGUUAUCGCCGUGACCAUGCGAGUGCUGAAAGACAAGAAGAACAAGGACAGGUUCCCGCUUCUUGUCGCGUAUGCCAAGCGCCUCGAGGAGUUUGAUGGCUACAAGCGUGCUGUGAAGAAGGUCGAAGAGAUUGAAGGAAAAUUCUCUGCUUCGAUGUAA